CUAAUUUUGAGCAUCAUUGGGUGCAAUUUAUUGCAUUUCUUGAACUAUUCCCUAAGGCUUCUCAUUAUGUGCUUGAAAUACUUUAUUCUACAUACCAUAGCUGGGCCAUAUAUUAUAUACAGACAUGUUUCACAGCUGGUAUCCAAAGUACACAGCGAAUAGAGAGUAUCAAUGGAAUCAUCAAAAAGGAAGUUUCACAUAGCACAAUGUUACUACAUUUGGUUGAUAUAAUACAAAAUCGUCUAAAUAAGUAA